AUGCCGGGGAACCGGCGGCCAAGGGUCCGCUCCGGGAACCAGCCUGGUUCCGCGCCCGCCAUGGAGCCCGGCGGUUGCGGGGCCUGGGCCCACAGCCGCGCCGCACUCGACCGGCUGGAAAAGCUGCUGCGCUGCUCGCGUUGCACUAAUAUCCUGAGAGAGCCUGUGUGUUUAGGAGGAUGUGAACACAUCUUCUGUAGUAAUUGUGUAAGUGACUGUAUUGGCACUGGAUGUCCAGUGUGUUACACUCCAGCCUGGAUACAAGACGUGAAGAUAAAUAGACAGCUGGACAGCAUGAUCCAGCUUUGUAAUAAGCUUCGAAGUUUGCUGCAUGACAAUAAACUUUCAGAUUUGAAAGAAGAUACAUCUAGGAAAAGCUUAUUUAAUGAUGCAGAAAAUAAGAAGAAUUCAAUAAAAAUGUGGUUUAGCCCUCGAAGUAAGAAGGUCAGAUAUAUUGUGAGUAAAAUUUCGGUACAAACCCAGCCUCAGAUGGUAAAUAAUGAAAAUACUCAGCAGGCCUCAUUGUAUGAAUUUGUUUCUACAACUCCUCCAGCAAAUACUUCUGAUAGACCUAAAAAGACUUCUACAAGGUCUGGAAAAAAACAAAAAAAGAAAACUUUAAUUGAAAUCCACCAAGAAUGGAAUUUAGAGGCAGAAACAGAACACUGUGAACUUGAGUCUAAAGAGUGCAAGAAAAAACUGGUCGCCUUCUCCAGCCAAGCAUCUCUUAGCGCUAGCCCUCCAAGAAAUGGUGAAAUAGACUUGCUAGCAAGUGGUUCUGUAAUAGAGUCUGAAGGUUUUGAAAGCUUAACAAAGAUAUCCUUACCAUUGGCUGAACAUAUAGUGUCUCCAGAAAUUGAGAGUAAGAAUAAAAUAGUUCCUGAGGAGAAUCUCUGUGAAAAUGAUCUUCCAUCCAAGCAGUCCUUGCCCUUAAAUUGUAAUGGAAAACAUGGACGUGGAUCUUGCAACAGAAGGCUUUCCAGUCCCAUAUCUAAGAGAUGUAGAAGCAGCAUUCCAAGCACUAGUGGAAAUUCUGUUAAACAGACAGUGCUCUCAGAAAACAUACCAUUGCCUGACUGUUCUUCACCACCUUCUAGCAGACUUAAGAUUGGUGACAAAUCAAGAAGGAAAAACAGCACUGUAAUAAAUGAACCCAUUAACUUUUUGCCAGGCACACCACCUUCUACACUGAAUAGUGCAAGUUAUAGACGAAUGAUAUCUAGCCCUUCAACUAUGAAGCUGUCACCAAGUAACCUUAUGGCAGUGAAGAGAAAUCACAGAGGAGAGACUUUGCUCCAUAUUGCUUCUAUUAAGGGCGAUGCACCUUCUGUUGAAUACCUCUUAAAAAAUGGAAGCGACCCAAAUGUUAAAGACCAUGCUGGAUGGACACCUUUGCAUGAAGCCUGCAAUCAUGGGCACCUGAAGGUUGUGGAGUUGCUGCUCCAGCACAAGGCACUGGUGAAUACCACCGGGUAUCAGAAUGACUCCCCACUUCAUGAUGCAGCCAAGAAUGGACAUGUGGAUAUAGUCAAGCUCUUACUGUCAUAUGGAGCCUCCAGGAGUGCUGUUAACAUAUUUGGUCUGCGGCCUGUGGAUUAUACAGACAGUGAAGAUAUGAAAUCGCUGUUGCUACUACCAGGGAAGAAUGAAUCAUCAACUAGCCAUAGCUCAGUAGUGAAUACUGGUCAGCGUAGGGAUGGACCUCUUGUACUUAUAGGUAGUGGACUUUCUUCUGAACAACAGAAAAUGCUCAGUGAGCUUGCAGCAAUUCUUAAAGCUAAAAAAUGUGCUGAAUUUGACAGUACAGUAACUCAUGUCAUUGUACCUGGUGACACAGUUCAGAGUACCCUAAAAUGUAUGCUUGGGAUUCUCAGUGGAUGCUGGAUCCUAAAAUUUGAAUGGGUGAAAGCAUGUCUACAAAGGAAAGAAUGUGAACAGGAAGAAAAGUAUGAAAUUCCUGAAGGACCAAAGAGAAGCAGGCUUAAUAGAGAACAGCUGUUGCCAAAGCUAUUUGAUGGAUGCUACUUCUACUUCGGGGGAACCUACAAACACCAUCCAAAGGACAACCUUAUCAAGCUUGUCAGUGCUGCAGGAGGCCAAGUUCUCAGCCGAAAGCCCAAGCCUGACAGCGAUGUGACCCAGACCAUCAAUACAGUGGCUUACCAUGCCAAAGCUGACUCUGACCAGCGCUUCUGCACACAGUACAUCAUCUACGAGGACUUGUCUCAUCAUCGCCAAGAGAGGGUCCGUCAGGGCAAAGUCUGGAUUGCUCCUUCCAGCUGGUUUAUAGACUGUGUGAUGGCCUUUGAGUUGCUCCCUCUUGACAACUGA